CAGGAAGCUUUUUAUUUGUCAUAUAGUUUCUGUACGCCACAGCAUCUUAAAGCGGACGAUACAGAGUGAACAACAAAUUAGGGCCUUUGAAAAAGUACUUGGAAAAUGACGCCAAGUGUACGUUGCUGUAGCAUAUGUGGUUCAUUGUAAAUGCAAGACUGCCUGGGACCAUUGACCCGCCAAGAAUUACGCUCUAUCGGCACAGGUAACAGUCACACGCCGAAUGAGAUCGGCCUAAGGAGCAGGAAAGUCGGCUUUUCGGACCUGAGGGCGCGGCUGCGUUCCCCUUUUUGGCCUCACGUGCAGCUCUAAACUUAUUGACAAAAACGAAAUUCAGGAAAGCGGAUUUGAGAAGCUGACGUAACUCAAUAGAAGUCGACGCUUAAUGUGUUCACCUGUCUUAACUGGGAGUAGUUCGCACGACGGUAAGGCCGGGGUCAUCCGUAUUUAUCGACUACGAAGCGCAUAUUGAUUUUUAACACUCGGGACACGUACGCACUACUAGCAUCGGACUGUUUGGCAAGGUUAAACAGUAGUUCAUAUAUUGAGGUUUACGUUUUAUUGCGUCCUUAAAUACUGCACCACAAUACCGGUAGAACUAGAUCUAUAGAUAUCCCAGUUUAGUUUUGGAUACUUAGACACAAGGGUGUGGCACUGUCAUGACCCUCUCAUACUCGUAUGCUCAUAUGUAACUUGUGAUAAGGCAGAUAUAUAGAACAUACGUAAACAAUGCCGGAAUAUGCGCAAUGGCCAGAGGAGAUGUAUAUGGAAUCCCUGGGACCGGGAAAAGGAGGAAAGUUUCUGAACCAAAGUCGAGAGUAUCUUAACAAACCGGAGCGAUACCCAAACGAGCCAAGGCGGGGAUGGGGCGAACCCUCGAAGAGAGGCAUUGAUAAUCGGGGGUAUGACGGAGCUCUAGACCAACGUAAUAAACCUGUAUAUCAGGGCCAAGGAUAUGAGCGACCACCCCCUGGCCGGCCGGACAAUUCAGCCGACUAUUAUCCGGCUUCUAGGUAUAUUCAACGCGACGAUGAGCCAUACCAUGCAAGGCGUAGGAUGGAUCACAAGGGGGACAGGAAUGAAGGUAAAGAUAGACGGAAAUCGAAAGGAGAUCCCAGUGGUGCACAGGGAGCGAAAAGAUCGAAAAACUUGCCACAGUCGGACUUUGUUUCGAGACAAUCAAGCAAAGAGGCUCACUCGCCCUCCUCUAAAAAUAAGUUCCAAGACAGGAAACAGAUAGACAGAGAUUCAAAAUUCAAUUCCUCCAACGAGGUAUUCAUACCGCUCCCGCAGUAUAGUGAUUCCUACAUAUACGAAAGCGAAGAAAAGCGCCGGCCGCAUCACAGGAGGAGAAAACGAAAGAAAAACCAUCGGUUUAGAUUGUUGAUUGCCCUCGCUGUAAUAAUCCUGAUUCUUACGUGUGGUGCUGUGGCGGCAGGGGUCUAUGUAGCCCUGAGAAGCCAACCAUCUCAACAGAGUGGUUCUGGAAGUGAUACUACAACUACGACUACGCCAACUACGACUACACCAAUCACUUCACCACCCGUCUCUACUCAGUCUCCUGUUAGCUCCACGCGGGCUUUGACAUCUACCGCUGCCGCCACCACACCGACUACGACUACACCAAUUACUCCACCACCCGUCUCUACUCAGUCUCCUGUUAGCUCCACGCGGGCUUUGACAACAUCUACCGUUGCCGCCGCCACACAAACACUAACAACUUCUACACAGCCGCCUACGACUUCAACGCAGUCGCCUACGACAAGAACUACACAAAGGACGACUACACAGGCUGUCACUACAAAUUCCCCCUACCAGUCUACUACAACUUCUACGCACGCAACCACAUCUACAGAGUCGCCUACAACUACUUCACAGAUAUUAACAUCUUCUACACAAGAAACCACAGCUACUACACAGGUAACAACAACAUCAACAAAUGAAACAGCUACAAAUGCAACUGUGGCGCCUACAACUUCCACGCAACUGCCAACAACAGAUAGCCAAGUAUCCUCAACUAUCCCACAAACGCCCAUGAGUUCUACAGGGACGCUAGCAACAUCUACACCGGUGCCUUCUUUUUCAACGGAAGAAACGCUAACGGUUUCCACAACGGCAAUAAAUCCGUCAGCCGCACCGUCUUCAAGUGCAGCUGGCAUUGUAUCUACUUCUAUAACGUCCGCUGAGACAUUUUCACUUUCUACUAUUACUGCACAGGUGAUUUCAACUUCAUCUGUCGCAGCACCAUCUUCAAGUUCUGGCGAGGCGCUUUCAACUUCUUCCGCAACACUAACGACGUCUACUGCAUCACAUACAGCCUCUGUACAUACUCUUUCACCGUCGUCUACAACUUCUACCCAGGUUCUAGCACCAUCGACGACCUCCACCGAGUCACUAACAGUUACUACAGUUUCUACAGAAGCACUUAAUAGUUCUAUAAAUUUAACGCAGGGGGGUGCGUCUUCCACAGAAACAGUGACAUCAACGCCAUAUAGCUCUGUUAUCCCGUCUUCCUCCGGUAUCCCGUCACCUUAACAAUACCAUUGAUGCGUAAAGGUUUUAAAACCUUCUACAGUGGCUAUCAAGCUACUUGAAAUUUCUACGUUCACAGAUGGCCUGAAAAUCUGUACAUCUGCCAUGCAAGCACUUGCCUCUGAGAGGACAUUACUGACAAUAUCAAUAUUACGCUGCGUGUGCAAAUAGG